GCUUAUUCCACUCGGGCAAACUAAUAUGGAACGCUGGGACGUUGUUGCCAUGACAACGCAAACAGUGAGCACGAACUUUUUGUCAACACCACCGAUAUUUUUGUAGCCUAACUGUCUGAAGCCCAAACUCAAGAAGCUUCUGCUUUUAGUGUAACGUUAUAUCUUCAUUAUUUUCAUAGUAAAACACAAUGAUUCCACCAGCAGAGUCUCUCCUGAAAUACGACAAUCCAGUUUUGGUCAGCAAAAGUACAGACAGAAAAUCACCAAAGGGACGCCCUUUGAGAGUGAGCCCUCAGCAGCCUGCUAACUCUACCCCUGUUCCACCACCUCCUAAACCAAAAUCCACCCCUACUGAGGCCACCAAGCAGGAAAAUGAGGAGAUCCUGAAUGCCAUCCUUCCACCCAGGGAAUGGAUGGAAGGAAACCAACUGUGGGUGCAGCAAGUGUCCAGUGCACCUUGUACAAGAACAGAUGUUAUUCACCUAGAGGAAUUGCUGGACACAAAGCUGCAGCAAAGGCAGGCCAGAGAAACAGGAAUCUGCCCUGUCCGCAGGGAGCUCUAUUCCCAGUGCUUUGAUGAGCUGAUCAGACAGGUGACCAUCAACUGUGCGGAGAGGGGUCUGUUGCUGUUGCGGGUUAGAGACGAGAUUCAAAUGACCAUUGCUGCCUACCAGACGCUGUACGAAAGCAGUGUGGCUUUCGGUAUGAGGAAAGCACUGCAGGCUGAGCAGGGCAAAGCUGACAUGGAGAAAGGGAUUUCUGAUCUGGAGAAUGAGAAACAAGACCUGAAGAAGCAACUGAACGAACAGAAAGCUAAAUGUGAUGCAAUUGAAAAGAGAGAAAAUGAAAAGCGACAGGUGGAGGAAAAGAAGCACACUGAAGAGAUUCAGUUCCUGAAGAGAACCAACCAGCAGCUCAAGGCCCAGCUGGAAGGAAUCAUUGCACCAAAGAAGUAACUUCGACAAACAAGAAGUCCAGGGGGUUUCACAAAGAAGGGAAUACGUCCUCUCUGCCAGUCAUUCAGCACCAUUUUGGAGACCGUGGAGAGAUCUGGCUCACCGCCCUGUACAACACCAAGAAUGCAUUGCUCAAGCUUAAGAUUUAAAAAAUUCACAUAUACUUAACUGACAGCCAUCAAGAGUACAGCACAUAAUGUAUGUCAGCAGGAAAUAGACCAGAUUUAUUACUUAAGGAUUUGCUCUUGCACUAUAUAAAAUGGACAAUUAAAAUAC